GCAAAAGCUGAGGUCAUGGAAGAAUCUGGUAUUUUAGCUACUGCAUCAAUGCGCUGGAAAAUUAUUGAACUUUCCGGCGACUUAUCGGACAUGGUUUCGCCGGAGCACACUAAUUGGCUCUUCGAUUACGGCUUGAUUGAGGACAUCUCUGUCCCUGAUCCCAAUUUCUCCGCUCCCACUUCUGGGUUUUGCUGGCCCUUAAACGCUUCUUCCAACGUCGGUUUGGAAAUUGAUGGCUCCUUUGGGGAUUCAGACAGUCGCAAGGAAACUGGCUCGAAAAAGAGGCCAAGACCCGAAUUGUGUGGAGCAUCAUCAAGUUCCAAAGCAUGCCGAGAGAAGUUGCGGAGGGAUAGGCUAAAUGACAAGUUUGUGGAAUUGGGUUCUAUCCUUGAGCCUGGGAGGCCACCCAAAACAGACAAGGCUGCGAUUUUGGUUGAAGCUAUUCGACUGGUGAUACAGUUAAGGGGUGAUGCUCAAAAGUUGAAGGAUUCAAACUUGACUCUGCAGGAGAAGAUUAAAGAGUUGAAGGCUGAGAAGAAUGAGCUUCGUGAGCCAAUCGCCGUUCAGUGUAGUAGAUCGUCGGUCGACUGUUUAGCACAAGAGGGGACUUAUGAAUCACCCUCAACGAAUUAA